AGUGUUUCCGAGAAUAGAACCAACCACAGUCGCGGCGCUACAAUGAAGGUUACAAUUUCCGUAAUUGCAAUGACUAUGGCCAUCGUCGCCAAUGCUUCACCCGCUCCAUACGUUCAAGAUGUUGUGUCCUACUCCGACCCGUGGCCACUGAAGACUAGCACGGUUUGGCCCGCAUAUGGUGGAUUGUAUGGUGGUAAGGUCGCUGUGGUCCCAGAUGUUGCCUAUGGAAAGUACGCCUACCCGAACGUGUAUGGAAGUUGGCCUACGAAUGGCAAGAACUGGGGAUACUCUUCGCCGGUUGUCGCCGUUGGCACCAAAGUAGUGGACAAUGGACUGUGGAAUUAUGGUGCUUAUGGCCAUGGCAAGAACUGGGGAUACUCCUCGCCAGUUGUAACUGUUGGUUCCAAGGUUGUAGACAAUGGUUUGUGGAACAAUGGUGGCUAUGGAUAUGGAUACGGACUCGGACACAACAAGUACUGGCUGUAAAACUUGGACGUAACAUAUGUUAUGGUGAAUUGAAAUAAACAAAUUAUUUAUAUUGG